UUAGUCUCACGGCGUGGCACUAUCAUCCACCAUAACCACUCCGCCUCGGCUUGGAGCCUUCAUGUCACAUCCAGCUGAUCAGUACCCUAACCUAGCGAGCAGUUAGGGUUAACUCUCAAUCACUUAUUAUAGUGUAGUCCAUCAAGUCUGCGUCCGUAAGCUAACCCGUUCCUUGAGCCUCACCUUGAGACUAAUAAUUUCAUGCGAGGUCGAGAGUCAAGAAACCCGGGGGUUCUGCGCGGUUCCGGCGAUACGGCCAUGGCACUGCUGCGCGCAUCGAUGCGCAGCGUCGUCGUCUUACUCGUUGCGCUGUACCUCAGCAAUGACGUCGUAUGGACAGACGCCGCUACCACACCAACAGAGAGCGCGGCGCUAUUGGGCAUGAAGGCGUUCAUGAGUCCGGCGACGCUGUUCGCGAGCUGGAAGGGUGACCCCUGCGACGACGCGUGGCUCGGAAUAAUCUGUUCCACUACCAAGCCGCAGCACGUCGUCGGGAUCAACCUGCAGUCGCUGUCGGUCAAGGGCAUGCUGUCCAAGCACAUCGCAUGGCUGCCCUUCCUCACGAUCCUCAAUCUGCAGGGUAACGAGUUCACGGGCGAGCUGCCUAAGGAGAUCAGCACGCUCAAGUUCCUCGAGCACAUUGACGUGCGUCUGAAUCAGUUCACCGGACCAAUCCCCGACUUCACGGCUUGCACCAACAUGCAAUACGUUGAACUCUCCAAGAAUGACUUCAAGGGCCCUUUUCCCGCGUCCCUGCUCAAACAUGAUAAGAUCAUCUACAUCGGCCUGGCGGGCAAUUCCCUGAGCGGUCCCCUUCCGCUGGACUUUUCGGGCCUCAAGUCGCUCACCCACAUGACUGUCGCGGACAACCAUUUGAAUGGCACCCUUCCCGAGAGCAUUGGCCUGCUACCCAGUAUCGAAGCUGUCGACGUAAGCAAAAACGAGUUCUCGGGCAACGUGCCGUCGACUUACAAGGGCAUCCAGAAACUCAAGACUAAGGGGAACUCCCUACUCGUGGGCGGCAAAAGCGGCAAGGGCGGAAAGAAAAAGGGCGGAAAGCACAAGGGAGGGAAGCAUGGCAAUAAGGGCGACGCCCCCGCAUCGGUCCCCGCCCCUGCCUCCGAGCCUGCGCCACCUUCUGAGGCCCCCGCUUCCGCGCCUGCGUCAGAGCCCGCAGUCCCCGCGCCCGCGUCAGAGCCCGCAGUCCCCGCGCCCGCGUCCAAGCCCGCGGUGGUGAAGCCCCCACGCCCGACCCCUGGCGGAGUCGCUCCGCUCCCCGACCCCACCGAGCAGCCUUCCGCGCCCGCGUCCCUCCCCUCGCCCGUCGUCCGCCCGCCCGUGGUUAAACCCCCCGUGGUCAAGCCGCCGGUGGUCAAGCCCCCUGUGGUCAAGCCCCCCGUUGUUAAACCCCCCGUGGUUAAGCCCCCUGUGAUUAAGCCCCCGGUGGUGAAACCCCCCGUGGUGGUCCCGACUCCGCCCAUCGUCACCCCCAGUCUUCCCCCCCUCGCGCAGCCGUCGCUGCCGUCCAUGCCAGAGGUUCCCACAGCGCCGCCGACCGAGUGCGACACGUGUAACCUGAAUCAGGUGGCGUGGCGGCCCAUGGCGGACGACAGCACGAGCGCGAACCCGAAGCUGAGCACGAACGCGUCGGCGUGCGUGUGCGUGUACCCGCUGCGGUUCCGCCUGCACAUGAGCAUGAACUACGCCGCCUUCGACGAGAAGAAGCAGCGGGAUCUUGAGAUGCAGCUGGCGGACGAUCUGAUCGUCAACUACGGCCAGGUGCGCCUGCUCGCGUCGCGGCCGGGCAGCGUUGUGGCGGACAUGGCUCUGGGGCCCGAGGCGCCCGUGACGACGCUGCAGCCGGCGGUGGUGGAGCGCGUGCUGGCGUUGCUGCGCAACAACCAGCUCACGCUCUCUGGCUUCGGAUUCGUCGAGGUCACGCUGGUCGAGCCGCCCUCGGAGCUGCUUCUGCCUGCCACCCCGAACCAGUCGAACCCCGACGAGGCGCCUGCGGAGGAGAGCAGCGGCGGGUGGUCCGCGGCGGCGAUCGCGGGGGUCGUGGUGGGCGCUGUGCUGGUCGUUGCGCUCAUCUUCCUCGUUGUCGUGCUCGUGCGCUGCCGCCCGCGCCGGGCCAGCAGCGGAAAGAAGGGCGGCGGCAAGAAGGGUGGCUCGAGCAAGCGCGUGUCGGCGACAACGGUCGUUACCGCGUCGUCCGGCGGCGCGGCUCAUGGGCCGAAGAAGGCGCCGGUUAACCUGCAGUCAUGGUCCAACACCGCCGCGCGCGCCCCCCCGCCGCCAGGCGCCUCUAUGGCCGCCCUUGCCGCCGCAUCCGCCGCCAACGGCGCGCCGGGCAACAGCACGCCGGGCGGCUCAACCCGCCGCGUCCCCGGGGUCGUCGUCCUAACCCUAGCCGAGCUCCAGAUGGCAACGGACAACUUCUCCCCCGACCGCAGCGUGAACUCGGACCCCCUGGGAACCACCUUCGUGGGGACGCUCCCCAGCGGGCAGGAGAUUGCCGUCAAGCGCGUGGAGCCGAGCGUGGUGGAGGGGCAGUCAGACGACGACUUCGUGGCGGUGGCGUCUAAUAUGGCGCGGUUGAAGCACCCUAAUGUGGUGCAGCUGCAGGGCUACUGCGUGGACUACGGCGAGCGCGUGCUGGUGUUCGAGCACUAUCACAACGGGUCGCUGUUUGAUCAGCUGCAUGGCGGGAGGAAGGUGCACAAUGCCGCGGACCCCUCACAGCACCUGACGUGGGCCGCCAGGAUCGAUAUCGCGAUUGCCACGGCGCGCGCCCUUGUCUACCUGCACGAGGAGUGUGUGCCGGCCAUCAUCCACCGCAACAUCUCCUCACGCAACAUCCUGCUCGACAAGCGCCUCAAGGCGCGUGUCGCUGGUGCGGGGCUCUCCUUCCUCAACCCCGUGGGCGCUGAUGACAAGUCGCUGUCGGACCAGCUGGUGGGCGGCUUUGCCUACAACGCGCCAGAGUAUGCAAUGUCGGGGAUCUACACGGCCAAGAGUGAUGUCUACAGCUUCGGCGUCGUGCUCCUGGAGCUCCUCACUGGCCGCAAGCCCGUUGACCCGUCCAAGCCCAAGCCCGAGUCCUCUCUGGUGCGGUGGGCGGCGCCGCUGCUGCACAACGCGGCAGAGCUGGAGGCCAUUCUGGACAGCAAGAUUGUGGGGCCGCUGCCCGACGCCACCAAGCUCGCUGCCUUCGCUGAAGUCAUCACGCGCUGCAUCCAGCCGGAGCCGGAGUUCCGUCCGAGCAUGUCCAAGAUCGUGAGCGACCUGAACCACAAGGUCAAGGUGCUGCAGCCGGGGGCCAGCCGCCACCGUGCCGGCUCCUCUUCCCCUGCCUCCUCGCUCAAUGGCUCCCUGGCCGGUUCCAUCCACUAAGGCACUGCUGCUGCUGCUGCUGCUGCUCUGUCUGCAGCGGUGUUGACUGGUGACAGGAGACUUAAAAAGUGGGAGUUCUGUUAGUUAUUAUGGAGGGAGUGGCAAGUGCGUGCCAGCUAUUGGAGAUGCUAGAUAUUGGCGCUUUUCUUUCUGGGUAUUUCAGUGCACUUGGUGCGUAGAUGGCGUAUGGCGUCUGUAGUCCUUGGAAAAUAAAUUAUGGUAUUGGGUUUGUUUAGCGUUGGAGGAUGUUUCCUAGUUUUAAGUUGACCCUUUGUUAUUGUUGUAGUUCAGUAUAGAUUUCUGACUAUGCCUAUUCUCAAUAUUUGCUUCUUUUUUUUUGAUCCCAUGUUGAGCUGGUUGGGAACGAUG